GUAGGUUCUGUCCGCGGGCCCCGGAGCCGCCCGCCCCGGCCGCCGCGCCGGCGCGGGGCAGCGCCCACCACACCCUUUAAAGAUGCAUUACCUAGUGCCGCUGUCACCGGCACCGUCACAGGCACCCACCGCCUCACCUGGCGCCGGCCCCGCCACCCCUCUCUCUCCCUCUCCCGCACCUGCCAGCAAGCUCCCGGGGGCCGCAGGUGCGGACGACCGCGGAAUUCCACGCCCCGAGGACGCCCACCAGCUGGAGGGAGAGGAGGGGGAGACGCGGCCCGGUUGGGGCUCCGGAGCUGAGGACCCAGAUUGUGCCUUUUUAGGCAAGCAUGGAGGUGAUUCAUGGCACCCCCUACUGUUGCAGGGAGCUUGAAGGAUCUGAUAUCCUGUCAGACACCUUGUACUCAGAUGAAGUGCACACUCCACUAGAAAAAAAUAUUCGUCCAACUGCCUCGGAGGACAGGUAUAAGGAAUUAAGGAACUCACUCCAACAAUGCCGGCUUCCGUGGGGCACCGAAAGGGAGUAUGGUGGGUUAAUGCCAGUUGCACUUCCUGAUGAACACCGACCAAAAUGUGAGCCGCCUCCUGUCCUGGCCAAAGGACAUCAGCAUUAUGGAUUUGGGGGAGAACCGUGGCCCAGAAAGCUUCCUAUUGAACAAUUCUAUUACUUGACACAGAACAAAAAAAGUGACCUCUAUGGAAAUGAUUGUCUAUUGCCUAAACCACCCAGUUCAACAGUAGAAGAAAUCUGCUUGCCAUAUCCAAUUGAGCACCCCUACCAUACACACAUAUGUCGCGGAGCCAUGUUCCCAACCUUCACAUCGCCAAAGGACCUGUACACUGGCAUUAAAGCCCAUGCCCAGCAGCCUUUUCCUCCCACGAUGCCAACCAAGGCCUAUGAUUCAACGGUUUUGAAGACAAGAGGUAAUCCUUACAGAUAUGAACUGCUUGACUAUCCCAUGGAUUCAAAGAAGAAAGCAUUAACUUGGCCAGGUCAAGGUGUAUAUUAUGACUUUCCUAAAUGUGUUGACAAAAAUAAACCAGUGUUCUACCCCAAACCUCCUAAAACUUAUGCUCCUAACCCUUUAAAUUCAUGGGAUUCUCUAAACUCCAUGAGAGAAGCCAACAUACAAAGAAAUCUGGAGAGGUCCCACUGGAUCACGUCCUACAAUCAUGAUUUCACAGGUCUUGGGCCCAUGAACCCCCUUGAACUGGAUGAUUACCAACAAAAGGAGGUAGCAGAGCUAACUGGAGAGAUAGGAUUUGACCCACCGCCUCAAGAAAAGUUCCACCCUGUCUUUAGACCCCCCAGACCUAUGGACGGGCGAAUUUCACGACUUCUUCAAGACCGACGUCCUUUGGAGGCUAUUGUCCAUGAAGGACCAACUUCCUGUCCAGAUUGUACACCUAGAGUUUUGUGCAAUUUUCAUACCUUCAUCCCCAGUUCUACAGAAAUGACGGCCCUAAGUGAUAACACACUGGCUGGCAUGGUUCACAAAAACAAAGAUAUUCAAGAGAAGAUUAAGGAAGAACAAGGUUUGCUGUCUCCCUAUCCACUUCCGUCUUGUGACUUAACCAAAGACAUGACUAACAUUUAUGACUUAAAAUCACUUCCAAAAAUCACGGAUACUAAAAAGACAGAUGAUUUGUACUGGAGACAGCUGCCAUUGAAAUCUCCACCCAUACCUUACUAUAAACCAAACCACUACCUUCACUAUGAUCAGCUUAAAUCUUCCCUACACGAUCCACUUACUGCGUGUCAAAAUCCUCUCAGCCUUAACUAUAGGAUCUUACAAAAUAAGCCAGAUAUGGGUACCUUCGCUCUAGAACGUUUUUUAAGUAAGCCAGACGAACAACUGGACAAAGACAAUGAAGACACAAAGUCUCUUCUGGGUUGGAUGCCUAAAGUUGGAUCGGUCAAGUCUCACACCAACUUAUUGGAGCUGAAGAACUCUUUUUCGAAAAGUAAUGCACAGAAGCAGUUCCAUAAUUCGCUGCUAGGAGAUCACAAAGACCUCAGGGAUAAACUGAAUGCAGGAAUGAAACAUCAAUUCUAUGGACAUAAUUCGUAUUAUUUCUAUAAUUGAAACAAUUUCGUCUUCCUUUCAAAACCCAGCCUAUUGCAAAAAAAAAAAGAAAAAAAAAUAACAAUCACCUUUUUUGCUGGGUUUGGU